AUGGACAAGUACAUCUACAACGUGUGCGCCGUGAUCGGGGCGUCAACCAUCGGCUACAUUGGCCUACAGUUGGCUUCGGCACUGCGCUUCCACCUUCACACGUCCAAGCUCCAGCGGUACCACCACGGCACCGAACCGUGGGUACUGAUCACGGGCGCCAGCGACGGGAUCGGGCUGGCGUUCGUGCACGCGUUCGCCUCGCGCGGGUUCAACGUGAUUCUGCACGGCCGCAACGAGGCCAAGCUGAACAAGAUCAUUUCCGAGCAAAUGAAGACGCAGCACCAGACCACAAAGUUCCGCACACUGGUGCUCGACGCGGGGACGCCGGCGGACGCCGAAUUCGACGAGACGGUGCUCGCGGCCGUCAAGGACCUCAAUUUGACCGUCGUGGUGCACAAUGUCGCCGGGAGCGGCGCGCCGCAGGUGGACAUGAAGCUGUUCAGUGAGAUGUCGCGGGAGGUCUGCGACGGGUGGAUCGACGUCAAUGUGCGCUUCACCACGCACCUUACACGCUUGCUUCUGCCGGUGCUGGCACGACAUCAACCAUCCCUCAUGCUGUUCAUGUCCAGCGCCGUCACCGAGAUCACCGCCCCGUCCGUGUCUCUGUACACGGGCGCGAAGAACUACAUCGAAGGGUUUGCAAAGUGUCUCAAGAUGGAAGUCGCGCAGCUCGCCGGGAACGACAUCGAGAUCAUGUCCUUUACCACGGGCACGGUCGCGACCGCGUCGAGCGGCCGGUCCGAGAAGGACAUCUCCUUCACCAUGCCCAGCACGACGACCUUUGUGAAAGCAGCACUCGACAAGGUCGGCGUUGGGGCCCCGAGCACAAAGGUCACCCCGUACUUCCCGCACUGGCUGCAGUUUGGGUUCAUGAAGAUGUUGCCCGCCUGGGCGAGGGAUCAGAUGCUGUUGAGGAUGCUGAAGCAGGUCCAGGACGCCGUGGCGAAGAGGGAGUGA